CCUUUAAGUGGUUAUGAGAGCUGGUGGGGGUGUCGUAUGAAGGUAGAGAGGUGGAGAGUCAACAAGAGAAGAGAAUUGGCUUUCAAGGUCAUUUCCUCGUCGGACUAAUGAGACAAAGCUGCAGAUUUCAAGCCUGAAGUGAGCGAAGAAAUGACCGAAAGGAGAAUGAGGAAGACAUUUGUUUGUGAUGAAUCGAUGAUCAUCACCAUCCCCAUCGCCAGCCUGAGGAAAAUUCAGGAGGGUCAACUGAUGCCAGAGAACUUCCACUGCGUGUUCAGGGAUAACUUCAAGGUGUUUGCUGUUAGAGGAAAGCCGACGCCGCUGGGGGCAGCACAAGCCAUUGCUGGUGUGUUUCUCUUCACUCUUGGAUUGAUUUCCCUAGAGUCAAUCUUAAUUGCCUUCAGUGUUUCAAGUGUUCUUUUUUUGAUGUCUGGAAUGCUGUCCUUUGCUGCUGGGAAAUAUCCUAACAUGCAUGUGACCAAGCUGUCCUUCUCUCUGAACAUCAUCAGCUUCUUCUGGUCACUGGUGGCUUUUGUUCUCUUUGCCAUCGGGAUUAAUCAUUGUGAUUUUUCUAUUCAUCAUCAGUUUCGUCAUGGGAUCAUUGGCCUGAUCAUGACUCUGCUGUUCUUUCAAUGUGCGAUGGCGCUCUUCUUGAUCUACUGGUUGAGUAAAGCUGUAUGCAGAGAACAUUACAAAACCUUGCCCACCAUAAUGCUGAAGCAGGAAGACUGAAUGAUAAAGACAGAACACAACCAGAAAUGAUCCACUCCUGUGAACGUGUCUGUUUUCUAGACUAAAGUUUAACAGUGUGGCGGCAGCAUAUAGAUGCAUACUGUUUCUGACCAGUUCCUUUUUGUUUAUCAGUUCAGCUGCGCAUGGUAG